AUGGCUAGAGCUGCUUUUGCAUUGUUUUCACUCCUUCUUUCUAUCUUGUCUGUCGCCGGCACCGCUUCCGUUGCUGCGACAAACACCAUUUCCGCCAUGUUGUCCGUUUCUGGGAUAAGUUACGUCGGGGCAGCAUGCAAGGCCACAAGAUACCCUCUAACAUUGGCCGAGACUAAGUUGGUCACUAGCCUAGCCAAGACCGAGUCAGCCAAGGCAUUCUUGUCCAUGCUAACCAGCAAUCAAAGACUGAGGGCUAAUGACCAUGCAGCCCUAAAGGACUGUUUGGAUGGGGUUAAUGACAGCAGUGACCGGCUAAGGCAAUCUGUCCGGGAGCUCAAGGAGUUGAGACAAAGCAAUGGUAACUUUUUGUGGCACAAACGUAAUGUUCAAACGUGGGUUAGUGCUGCGCUUACAAGCCAAAGUGAAUGCUAUGACAUAUCUAAUGGGCUUGCAGUGAAUGGUGCAAUUAAGAAGGCAUUGAGAGUACAGAUUGAACCUGCAGUCCAAAUCACCAGCAAUACGUUGGCUUUGGUUAAUCUACUUGUGGACAAAACUACGGAGUUUUAUCCGAUGAAUAAAGCAUAUUGA